CCGCCCCAUUGGCCCGCGCGGCUCUGCAGGGCCGCCCCGCAGCCAAUCGCGGCCGAGGGGCGGAGCCUCCCCGGUUUGGCCGCGCCCUGCGGACCUGAGCUGAUGCUCCGCUGCGGUGUCCGAGUCGCACCCGGCUGUCCUCGCACCCACCAUGCAGGAGCCCCUACUGGGAGCCGAGGGCCUGGACUAUGACACCUUCCCCGAGGCGCCCGCGUCGCCGGAAGACAGAGCGCGGGCUGGGAUCCUGCAAAACAGAAGGGUGUUCCUAGCCACCUUUGCCGCCGUGCUGGGAAAUUUCAGUUUUGGGUACGCCCUGGUCUACACAUCCCCUGUGAUUCCAGCCCUUGAGCACUCCUCCAACCCAGCUCUACACCUAACCAAAACCCAGGCGUCCUGGUUUGGGUCUGUGUUCACCUUGGGAGCUGCAGCCGGGGGCCUGAGCGCCAUGGUUCUCAGUGACCUCCUGGGCCGGAAGCUAAGCAUUAUGUCUUCAGCUGUACCUUCAGCUGCUGGCUACGCACUCAUGGCCGGUGCCCAUGGCCUCUGGAUGCUGCUGCUGGGGAGGAUGCUGACAGGCUUUGCUGGCGGGCUCACGGCUGCCUGCAUCCCGGUGUAUGUGUCUGAGAUCGCGCCCCCUGGCGUUCGAGGGGCUCUGGGGGCCACACCACAGCUCAUGGCAGUGUUUGGAUCCCUGUCCCUCUAUGCCCUUGGCCUCCUGCUGCCCUGGCGCUGGCUGGCCGUGGCCGGGGAGGGGCCUGUGCUGGUCAUGGUCCUGCUACUCAGCUUCAUGCCCAACUCACCACGCUUCCUGCUUUCGAGGGGCAGGGACGAGGAGGCGCUGCAGGCGCUGACCUGGCUACGCAUGGCCGACUCUGAUGUCCACUGGGAAUUCGAGCAGAUCCAGGACAACGUCCGGAGACAGAGCAGCCAAGUGUCGUGGGCGGAGGCCCGGGACCCUCACAUGUACCGGCCUGUCCUCAUCGCCCUGCUGAUGCGCUUCCUGCAGCAGUUGACAGGCAUCACGCCCAUCCUCGUCUACCUGCAGCCCAUCUUUGACAGCACGGCCGUGCUGCUGCCCCCCAAGGAUGACGCAGCCAUCGUGGGAGCCGUCAGGCUCCUGUCUGUGUUGAUCGCUGCCCUCACCAUGGACCUGGCUGGCCGCAAGGUUCUGCUCUUCGUGUCGGCCUCCAUCAUGUUUGCUGCUAACCUGACGCUGGGGCUGUACGUCCAGUUUGGUCCACGGCCUCUGACCCCUAACACCACCAUGGCCCUUGAGAACAUGUCCUUGGAGGGCACAGAGCAGCCCCCGACCACACCCACCAGCUACCUCACCCUAGUGCCUCUACUGGCUACCAUGUUCUUCAUCAUGGGCUAUGCCAUGGGCUGGGGGCCCAUCACCUGGCUUCUCAUGUCUGAGAUCCUGCCCCUGCGUGCCCGUGGCGUGGCCUCAGGGCUUUGCGUGCUGGUCAGCUGGCUCACUGCCUUUGCCCUCACCAAGUCCUUCCUGCUGGUGGUGAACGCCUUCGGCCUCCAGGUGCCUUUCUUCUUCUUUGCCGCCAUCUGCCUUGUGAGCCUGGUGUUCACAGGCUGCUGUGUGCCUGAAACCAAGGGCCGCUCACUGGAGCAGAUCGAGUCCUUCUUCCACACCGGGAGGAGGUCCUUCCUGCGCUAAGUCAGGGACCCACCUGGAAGGAGACAAACUACGGGGCAGCCGGGCCUCUGCAUUGGCCACAAACCCACAUCUAUGACCAGGAGCAGCAGCAGUUCCUACUGUCAGCUGGAGCACAGGACCAUCUUGAACACUUCUGGCUCUAGACAGGCAGCACACUGUCUGACCACAGCCCCGGCUCAGGCAGCCCGCAGCACUGCAUACACCAUAGCUGAGACCUUCCAGAGGUGGCCCUGGAGGGGCACAGGCCGGCGUCCGGGAACACAGCUCAGCCUAGUGACCUCAGGCCUGGCUCCCCACUUGUGUGAAGAACACUCCCUAUGGAGGGCUGUGAAACGGGUGGGAAAGUGGCUAUACACAGGGACACUGUCACUUCAGCCUGUUGUGAUCACUAGGCCUCCAUCAAGCAUCUUGCCUGUGGAGACGAAGGCAGGGCUGUGAACGACUUGGGAAACACUACGGACUUCCAAAGGCCACGGCACAGGACGCAGUGUGGCUACUUCCUCCCAUCCCAGCCUAACCUUGGGACAGGGCUCC